AUGGUGAAUGUUCUUAAGACCCGCCGGACGUUCUGCAAGAAAUGUGGCAAGCACCAGCCCCAUAAAGUGACACAGUACAAGAAGGAAAAGGACUCUUUGUAUGCCCAGGGAAAGCGGCGUUAUGACAGGAAACAGAAUGGCAAUGGUGGACAGACUAAGCCUAUUUUCCAAAAAAAGGCUAAAACUACAAAGAAGAUUGUGCUGAGGCUUGAGUGUGUUGAGCCCAACUGCAGAUCUAAGAGGAUGCUGGGUAUUAAGAUAUGCAAGCAUUUUGAACUAGGAGGAGAUAAGAAGAGAAAGGGCUAA